GGAAAAGUGGAAGGUCGCAAUGGUAUAAAAGCUGUGAGAACCGUCAAAGACUGAAAACUAUUACCUCUCGCACCAUCCAAGAUCACCAGACCGAUAUCACUGCUGACAAGUCUCCGUGCAUCGUCAGUUCUCAAAGAGACCCCAUCAAGUACCACCUACCAGGACAAUAUGUCGUCUAGCAACACAGGGACCAACUCGGGGUCUGGCAGCAGCAGCGGCGGCGGCAACAACAGCGGCAAUAACAGCGGCAAUAACGGCGGGAAUGGCCAUGCAGGGGCAGGCAGCCAGAACGGGGGUGGAUCGUCCAGUGCUGGCUCCAGUAACGCCAACACUGCCAAUUCCAGCCAGAGACGCAUGUCGGAUAGAACGAUGAAGCAGCUCAUCAGCUCAGGAGAAAAUUGCCAAAGAGUCAGGGGCAUGAUCCCAAAAUGAUUGGGAAGCAUCUGGCUCAGUCAAUAGGAGGUAGAAGCGAGAUUCAGCAUGCCAGAAAUUUGCUACCUCGCCGAUAGGCUACGAGGUAGGAGGUACAUGUAGGUACAUGUAGGAGGUACAUGUACGUAGCAUGAAUUGGGGCUAGCAAGCUAGGUGGUAUAACUCCGGCGCGGACGGCUAGGGCCGGGCCGGGCUGGACCGAGCCAAUUUAACAUUCAACACUGUCUCUGCGACUUUCAAACCAUUUCCCCCAACAAGACCCAUUACGAAUC